UGUUAGAGGAACUGUUCAGUUUAUGGCCUGAGUGAGCGACACCCUGAUACAUCAGGUUCUACAUAAGCAGCUACGUUGUGACACAAUGUUCUGCUGGUUCAGGAGCCGGGCAACACCCAGAGUCAACAUGGCCUCCAUCCUGGGCAUAUCGCUGCUGGCUCUGGUUCUGCCGGGCCCCGGCGUGGCCUUUGUUCCCAUCGGGGGAGGAACAUCCACCCAUGUCAGCAUUACAGGAAGCGCUCUUCUGCAGAAGGUUACGGAGACGUGUCGGGCGGUGGCCGAGGCGGCCGGUCAUGAGUUCAGUCCCACAGGCCCCUCUCCAGAGGAGCUUGUCCAGGCUUGCCUGGGCCCCACAGCAACAGGAGACGUGUCUGGUGCCAAGUUUCAAUCAGCCCUUCACGAGAUCUACACGCAGAACGGGCUGGUGGAUCGGGACUUUGUCAACAGUGCUCCACAUCACUUCAACUCUGAAGCUUUCCUUGAGGGGCGUGGCCUGAUCAUGGAGGGCAUGGUGGCCAUAAAGGCUAACAUCCGAGAGGAGAACUUUAAAGCUGCCAGGGAAACACUGGGGAGGGUCCUUCACACACUCCAGGACUUCUACAGCCACAGUAACUGGGUGGAGUUGGGAUACUCAGAGCCAUAUAUCAACCUCAUACGGCCUGACCUUCCUAUUGAAAACCUCGCAGAUGUGAACACUGCCACCUGCAGUAACUGUGCCAGUGGAACGUGCUCAAACCAAAUCCUCCAGAGCAUCAUGCAGAAGAAGAAACUCACAUCAGGCUACAUGGGAAUCUUCUCCUCAUCAAAGCCUGAAGGUAAGUGCAGCCAUGGAGGUGCCGCAGAUCUCACCAGCACAACCGUUCCUCGUGGAGGAAUCCACAAAGACGAGCGCAAUCCGCACAAUGCGGCUUUCCACGAUGCUGCUGUCAGCUUGGCCACAGAAGCUAGCCUACAGCUGCUGGAAGACAUCCGCUUAGCAACAGGGGACCAGGACUUUCUCAGGAUGAUGGGGAUUGCGCGCUCAUCUGUUGUGGCCUUUGUGAUCGACACCACCGGCAGCAUGAGGGAUGACAUUGAAGAAGCUAGAUCAGUGGUUUACGAGAUCAUUAACAGCAAAAAAGGAACACAAGACGAACCGUCUGAGUAUAUCCUUGUGCCCUUCAACGACCCACAUUUUGGACCAAUGAUCAGGACAACUGACCCUGAAAGGAUGAAAACAGAAAUCUCUAAGCUCAGAGCAAACGGCGGUGGAGAUGAACCAGAGAUGUGCCUUUCUGGACUUCAGCUCGCUCUCACUGGAGCCCCUUCUUCAUCCCACAUCUAUGUUUUCACUGAUGCUAUAGCCAAGGACAUCGCCCUCAAAGACACCAUCAUUGCCCUCAUCAGGAGCACCAAAUCCACAGUGUCAUUCUUUAUGACUGCAGCCAAGAGAAGGCGUCGUCGUUCUGUCAGAGCUGCUUCCUUUGGAGACUACAAGGAUCUAGCUGUAGCAUCUGGAGGCCAGGCCAUCCAAGUGUCCAAGGCGGAGCUGCCUCAGGCCACAGAUGUUAUCCUUGACACAUCAACAUCUGCCCUGGUAACAGUAUUUCAACAAGUACGAAGCACUGGAAGUGAAGAGACUUUCUCCUUCAUAUUGGAUGAAUCGCUGAAAAACAUCACGAUCUACAUCACAGGAGCCUCCAUAGCGUUCACGCUGACCAACCCUAAUGGUUUGCAGCAGAAAUUCGAUGAGCCUAGAGGACGACUGGGUACCAUUCAGACCGUGGGCAACCUCAGGAGGUUUCGUCUAAGGUCGAACCAUCAGCCAGGAACCUGGCAGUUGUACACCAGAACAUCGCAGCCAUAUACAGUUAUAGUCACAGGUCAGAGCACAAUUACCUUCAUUUAUGACUUUGUGGAAAACUUCACUGGACCUCAUCCGGGCUAUGCGGUUCUUAGUGGCCGUCCACAAGCAGGCCAGCCUGCCACCCUGAUGCUUUCGGUACUUGGCAGAAAAGGUCCAUCAUCAGUGACGGUUACAGAUGUUGGCCUGCUGAUACCAUCUAGCCGUGAUGGUGUUUCCAACAGCACAAUGACUGACAUGGGUAAUGGAGACAUCCUGGUCACUGUGGAUAAAGUCCCUGAGGGAGAGUUCGUUGUCGCUCUGACGGGAACAAACCAAAUGUCUAAAAAUGAAUUUCAGAGGCAAUCAACCACAAAGAUGUCCAUCUCUAAGCUGAACAUCCAGGCUAUUGUGGACAGCAGUGUCGAGCCUGGAAAACCCUUUAACGUCCCCUUCAGUGUGAUGACCCGGGGAGGCGGUGGUUCACACCUGCUGAGUGCCCGGAAUGACAGAAAUUAUAAAAUGACCUUCCCAGAGCGCAUCAACUUGUCGACAGGGAAGUACACCAAAGCUACGUUGACCAUUACGCCACCCGCCAACACAGAAUCAGGCACUGAUGUCACUUUGACGAUCGAUGUCAAGACAUCCAGUGGUGUUGAUUCCAAUUACAUCGUUCUGAGAUUGUCUGUGGUCACCAAGAUUACAGACUUUGUGCAGCCACAGUGUGAAGUGGUGAAUGUCUUCGCUGACGAUUGUCCUGAAGAUCAGUCCCAGUGUGGACAUUUCCAGUGGGAGCUGUCGGCUAACCUUACGGAUGGAAACGGCACCGGGAUAGAGAGGAUCUCCCUGCGACAGGGCGCUGGAAUCCUUUCACAUUCGUCACUGACUGCUCCCAACAUCGAGGCACACUAUAACGCCUCCUGCUGCUCGCAGAUUGUUGAGUUUGUAGCUGUGGAUAAAGUUGGUAACGUGGGUAAAUGUUAUCACUCGAUAGAGGAUUCAGACGCCUCUCCUGCGGUAACGCUGUCUCUGCCACUGUGGCUUUGCCUCCUGGUGUCCAUCUUUGUCGCAAGGCCUUGAAGCGGUUUCAUUUGCUGACUCUCAUUUGUUUUUAAGAAGGUAAAAUAAAUUGGGAAAAGGUU